AAAUAUUGUGGCAGCAAGACGCCAAACAAGAACGGGCGAGGCGACUCAGACGACCCUUCAGUCCUUCAUUCUGCAGUCUGCGGCGGUGCCCACUGAAACAGGCCAGUUAAGAGGCGCGGCGGCGUUCCUGAUUUAUCUAUAUAUUUUACUAUCCUCGCCAAAUUACCCAUCACUUACAACAUUCGCCACAUUGCCCCGCUGACUCAUUGCUGUCACCACACUCACCCGUCAUUCGCAAACCUCGCUACAUUCAUUUCGGCCUCCGAGUCGCCCUGUGGUCGCCAUGGACGUGGAAAACGGAUUAUCCAGCAAGAUUCAGAACAUGCGGAGAGGUCUGAUAAUACGGAUAGUGCUGACAGCGCUGUUGUUGAUUGCCGUCCUUUACACAAUAAUCCUCGACGCCUUGGCAGGACGGGGAGCUGGACCCUUCAAGAACCCCAGAGGGUUUACCUAUAUUCCAGCCCUUGCAACCUGUCUGAUGCCAGCUGGAUAUUACUAUUUCGUAUGGGUUUUGGUGGACCUUGCUCUUAUCUUCAUAGUUGUUUAUGCAAUAGUAAUGGUGGUACAGAAGUUUAUCUUGGGACCUGGUAAGAGGCAUUGUGGAGCUUUGCCUUUCUCCUUCCUGAUCAUGCUGUUUAUCAGUCUCAACCUCAACACUGGGUGGCUAUUUGCAGUUGACCAGCUCAAUGCUACCUGGAGCUUUGUUGUUUCAAUGUUCCUGUUCAUUAGCAACUGCAUUGCCCUUACCUAUGCAGCUGUCAACUUCUCUAUUUUUGGCAAGAGUCUUCAUCAAGAAUCUAAUGUGGAUUUUUGGAUGGGCAUUGGGGUACUGAAUGCCAUGGCUGUGUACACAACAGGGAGCCUUGUGGGGUUUCUUGAGUCCUUCACCAUCUUCCUGUCUCAUGAGAUGAAGCAUGACAUGUACAAAGUUUGUACAGGAAUAAUAAUUUUACUUCAUCUUCUGGUUAUCUUGUGGUUCAUCAUAGAAAACACCUGGCUGACUUACACUUUCAACACCAUUGUUUUACACUAUGGAGUUUUGGUGUGGUAUGUGGCAACAAUGUACCCAAAGCAGAUACUGCAGUCUACCAGUGCAAUGAAUGGCCUCCUCAUUAGCAAUGUGGUGGUGGCAGUGUUGGCUCUGUUCUUCCGCAUUAUUAUAUUGUAUAGUAGGAACAAACAUAACAAAUUAUACAAGAUGAGCACACCGGUGACAACUACAGUGGAGGAAAACUGAAAGUUAUUUGACAUCUUUGGACAUGUGUAAUGUACAUUAGAUAGGUUAAAUAUCCAUACUAAGUACAACCCAAACCAUGAUAUUUAGUGAUAUUAGUAGAUUAAUCAUCAUGCUAACACUAAUGGCAAAUAAAAUACUACUACUACUACUACAUUUAUAUUGUGAAUGAAAAUAACAGCAUAUAACUUACAAUGCAGUUUUCUGAAAAGUGGAUUAGUGGUACUACUUAUGAUUUGCAGUUUUAGUAUCACAAAGCCUUAACACCAUAUUAUACUUUGUGCACUUAGUUUUGCUUAGAUCUAUAACCUAUCUUCAAAGGAUCUUGGAUAAACUUGACAUGGAUACAUUUUGCUUUUAUAUAAGUGUGAAGUACAGCUCAAGGAUGUUGUUUGUUUAGCAGUGAUGUAUGUAUGAUUUUUUUCUUUUUUUAAUGGAAGCUUUUUAUUUUGAUAUGGAGAUAUUUGUCAUAGGUAUAUUAAGAAUUGCUUCAAGCUUUAACAUAAAUAUGUCAUAGUUUGGUGUUAAUGCAGCACCUUUAUAUAGGAACACUUUGUUAAACAUGAUGUAAGUAGUGGAUUUGCAAUUUCCCUAUCUUUUGCUUCAAGGCCCUCAUUCUUUUUUUUUUUAUCAGUGUUGACAUAAGAACUGUACAGGCUGAAGGAUCAUAAUAAGUUUGGGUUUGUACUGUGGUUACUUAAGUUUACUCAAUGAAAAAAUGGCAUGGAGAUUUUACAUGAGCUUUUUUCAUUACUGUAUAUGAUGUUUUUUUUCUUGACCAUGAAAAAAAAAAAAAACAUGACAAACUACAUUUUACUAAGAUGGACUGAUAUGACAACUUAAAUGCUUUUAUUUUGACAAUAGCACUGAUAUGAUCUUUAUUUUUCCCACCCAGCCACCAUUGUCAGGCAUUAUUUAUAACAUUAUGGUUUAGACAUUUUUACUAGCAUUGUUUCUUCUUUCUUUUCAAGGCGAUUAAUAAUUUUCGUAAAGCUGUCUUCUAUAUGAUUUAUCUAUAUAGGCUGGUGAUCCCACUCAGAGUGUCCCAUGAAAAGAACCACACACUCAUGCAUACAUUUACACUCUUAGUGUAAACUGUAACAGUUUGCAUAUUCACAAUGUCAUAAUUUUUUCUGCAUAUUUACUGAAGUAGAUUGUAAUACAAUA